AUGGGAGGAGGCAAGCUACAUCCGGCGGGCGGUGGUGGAGAGCGGCAGGUUUAUGGCAGUGGACCACCAUCCAGCAUGCCAAGCUCCACCCAUUGCCAGAAAACCACCUAUGCAGCUCCACCUAGCAAACCCAUUGAGUCCUCCUUCAAGGGAGGAGGCUACCACGCGAGCCGACGAUGCCACCAUCAGGAGGCUACCAGCAGACUCAACCUCAACCUUACAACCCACCUGCACCCCCUCCCCCUGCACCUAUGCCUAUGCCUAUGCCUAUGCCUAGUCCUCCUUCACCACCAUCUGGAGGAGGAAGCUACGGUGGAGGUCCACCUCCAGUUGGCCCACCAUCUGGAGGAUACUCGCAAACGUCACCAACGCGUUACAUAG